GUCUGGCCUCCCGAUGGGCCCUGUAGUUUAGUCCGGCCGCCUCCCGGGCCCCUACAGCGGCACCUGGCCUCCCUACAGACCCUCAUAUUGGGGCCUGUCGCUCCCCCCGCCCGCCUCAUCCACCCCGAUCAGCGGCCUGGCCUCCCUUCAGGCCCCUGUGGAAACCUCCUGGCUUCCCUUCUCCCCCGGUAGCCGGCGCUUGGCCUCCCCCUGCCGUGCGUUCCUUGUCGCAGCGGCUUGGCCUUUCUCAGGGCACUAUGAUACCAGGCUCGUCUGCCGCCUCCCCCCCAUCCUAAUAUCAGUGGCUUCGCCGAACCCCCUCACCCGCCCCGGUCACAGGCCUCCAGCAGUGGCUUGGCCUUCCUAACCCGUAUAGCAGGGAGCUCGACCGUACCUGCCAUCCUCGUUGCAGCCGGCAUCCCCAUCCCCUGUAGCCGCGGUGUCCUCAGCCCCUGCACUUUCCCAACAGAGCAUGGUGCGUGCCGGCACCCCUGGCACUGAUGGCGGGGCUGCUGCCAUGCUGUGGGGAGAGCCUCGUGGGAGGGACGUCCUUCCUAGCACUGAGAAUGGAGAACUAUAAGAAGACCAAAAUUGUGGAGAAACCUUGUCCUCUUCCUUUCGCUGACCUGCCCCCUGAUAUUAUUGAAAUGAAAGUGAAGGAUGGGAGCAAAAUCAGAAAUCUGAUGGGCUAUGCUAUCAGCAAGAUGGAGCUGGACUCAGUGAGGCAGAUCCUUUUCACUGGCUCAGGCAAAGCCGUCAGCAAGGCCAUUACCUGUGUGGAAAUCAUGAAACGAAGGCUCAAAGAGCUGCACCAGAUCACUAAAGUGCUCUUCAAACAGAUUGAAGAGAUCUGGGAACCCAUUGUGCCUGAGGCAGGCCUUGAUGCCUUGACAGUGAAGAGAAACAUUCCUGCCAUAUGUGUCCUACUCAGCAAAGACGCCCUUGAUCCUCAGGAGCCGGGAUACCAGGCUCCGGGCUCUUUUGAUGCCUUCUGGAUUGAGACACUUAAAGAGGAGUCCCAGGGCCAAAUGAAGAGGAAGCAGGGUGGAGGCAGGGGAGCUGGCAGCAUGGGAAAGCACCCUCGGUCCACUGGAAGAGGGCUGGGGGAGUCCUGCUCCAAGUCCUGAGACACUGAUGCUGAGUUUGGGUGUAGUUUGGGGGAGUUGUGGAAAGAAUCCACCUGCAGUAGCUGGAAAGCUGCUGCUGAGCAUGGGGAUUUGCAAAGUUGUUAGGGGAGGGCAGGAGAAGUUAACUCUUUCACAAUGGAUGCGAUUAUAGCUGUCUGAAACUGUAUUUUGACAACUUGCCUUGUCAGACACUGCCAGGCUGCACUCCUUAGCCUGCAGUUCAGGGAAGGCAGAAGUCAUCUCUGCUUGAGCGAGGAGUGUUGGUGUCUUGUCAGUGAGCCCUGGCGAUCGGCUGCUCACUGAGCGGGGCUCCAGCUGCUUGGGGCAGCGCAGCAGCUCAGGCAGCGGCACACCCGCCAGACACCCACGUGUGAGGCGGGUGGAGGUGGCUCUCGCUGUGGUGCAGAGGGGAGAUGGGACCUGAGGUGGAUUCCCCUGGCGGUCGCUCAUGUGAGCGGACAGUGGGGCGCAGGGCUGGGUCAGCCACUUCUGUGCCUGAAAGUCCAUCUUCUGCUGAGCCCGUCAGGUGGGUUGAACGUGGAACUGCAGGAAUACAAGUGCAUCUGUGAUUGCGUGCACGUUGCACCCCUUGUGUCCUCCUUUCACCUCGGUGGACCUGACAGCUACACACCUCUCUGCCAAAGUGGCAGGAGUCAACUCAUGUCAUAACCAGCCUGAAAUCCUGUAGCUGUGCAAGCACCCUGGGGUGGUGACGACGGUAAGCUUCAAAGGACCCUGUUCUUUCCCCUUUCUGCUCCUUUAAAAUGCACAGAGAUGGGUUUAAAAUAAAGUUUCUUUUUCAUGUA